AUGUCGUUCCCCUGCAGCUCCGGCAAGCUUUCCCUCUCGACCUCAUCGAAUGGGCCCAACGGCUCCUCCGCUGGUGAUUCGUCCCGUGCCGCUCCCUUCUCCCGCCGCCAUGGCGGUGACACGUCGUCGCACGGCGGCAAAGCCAGCCCCUUCAACACGCCGGGGGCGGGCUUGACAUCCCCCACAGGCGGCGCCUCGAGCGCCUUUGGCCUUGGCUCUGGCGCAUUCGCAUCGUUUGGGUCUGCCAAAACGCCCAAGACGGCCGGCAAUCCCUUCGACAGCGCCAUGGGAUCGGCCGUUGCCAAGUCCAGCGUCACCAAGGACGGCCCCAGACCAGUCGGCAGGGCGCCCAGCAUGGCCGCCAUCUCCGAGACCAAGGCAUCCGCCCCUGCGAGAGCCGCCGAGGUCCACCCGCUGAAAGACGCGUGGUCCUUUUGGUACCGUCCUCCGAUCUCCAAGGCGCACGGCUUCAUCGAGUACGAGAACACGCUCCACGGAAUCGCGUCCGUCAAGACGGCGGAGGAGUUCUGGCAGGUUUACAGGCACCUCAAGCGGCCCUCUGCCCUACCCGUGGUGUCCGACUACCACCUUUUCAAGAAGGAUAUACGGCCCGUCUGGGAGGACGAGGUCAACCGCAAGGGAGGCAAGUGGGUCGUGCGCAUGAAGAAGGGCGUGGCGGACCGCUACUGGGAGGACCUGCUUCUGGCUCUCAUCGGCGACCAGUUUGGCGAUGCGUCCGAGGACGUCUGCGGCGCCGUCCUGAGCAUGCGGAAUGGUGAGGACAUCCUCAGCAUCUGGACUCGAACGGACGGCGGCCGUGUCCUCAAGAUUCGCGAAAUCAUGAAGCACGUGCUCAACUUCCCACAAAACACCCGAGUCGAGUUCAAGAGCCAUGAUUCCAGUAUUCAGCAGCGAACCGCCAUCGACGAGCAACGCCGCGAGAAGGCUAGCCAGACCCAGACCGAGAAGCGCCAGUCCUCUGGUGGUCAGAGGAUCCCUCUCGAAUAG